CUGAAGAGGAAUCAAGUUGCACGCUGGCACACGCAGUUGUGAGGCGUGUGGCUGGAUGUACGUGACACGUGCAGGCAUUUAUACUUGACUGUUUGAGAAGGUUUAUGUACACCGCUGUUUAUCACGUCGACAGAAGGUGCUGGAAAAGAAUGGAAGGGAAGGGAGUGUGAAUGAGAGGGGUUAUGCUACCUGGAGUACUGGGUUGAAUUCGCGACGAUUCUUCCAACAUGACACGCAAAUAAAUAUAAUUCAUUAGGAAGAGACGGGAAUAUAAAAGCAUGUACUUAUUUAACUAAGAGGUCAGAUACAAUUGGACCACAGAAGAACGGUACCGAUUGAACGAACAUCGGUAUGGUGGCGGGUGCUAAUAAGGGGUGCAUUCCAGACAGUAAACAAUCAACAGCAGUAGAUCCCUUCAGUUGCACUGUUGAAACGGAGGCCAUCUGUGGUGGUGCGUUUGGUGUGUCAUUUCCUGAUACACAGACAACCACAGCUGCUAGCAGUGGCUAUACUGACAAUACGAAGAAACCGAGUGUGAGUGAACACAACACACUGCCAAUACACACUGCAGCGCAAGACAACACAGAUGUAGAUGUGCACCCAUUAUACACCAGUGUAUGUGAACACACAGCACACCCCAAUGCGCACGAGUCUGCGGACAAUAACCCAAUGACCGGUCGUGUUGCUAGUAAUAGUGCGAUCACGUGGCCGUCACUAAGGGCAGCCCAAGCACGUGGGCAGGAAGAAGCACGUGCCAACGACCCAUCACACGAAAACACCCCAACACGCGCCAAUGGAGACACUCAAGGGAGUGCACGCGGGCGUGAGCAGACAGUAGUCAGCAGAUGGGUGGACGAUGCAACACACAGCACAGCCACUGUGAGUGAGAAGGCGAUACGAGAAGCUACAGCACAAGGCCGGGCAACCACACCGCAGCACGCAGUGAGAGAAGGCACGGGAUCAUCCGGCUGUGUGGGCGCUAGUGGUGUGAGGGGUGGACAGGCGGCGGAUAUGGGCCACGCAGCCAACUGGCACGGAGGAGGGAGUGUCAACGCACAAAGCCACACAGCAGCAUGGGACAGCAGGUUACCAACUGAUGGGGUGCAGGGCACGGCGCAGAGGGUGGUUCAGGCAGAGGAGGAGGGGUGGUCCUUUUUUUUGGGUGAAGGUGCGUCCAUGGCGGGCAGUGGUGUGUGCGACGAGGGCUGUCUUAAAUCGGAUGGUGACGGAAUAAGCCCUCAGUGGGUAGAGCAGCAGCUAUCACAGACGGAGGAGGGGGUGCUUAAAUCGGAUGGUGACGGAAUAAGCCCUCCGUGGGUGGAGCAGCAGAUACCACAGAUGCACAUGGCCACACACAGGUGGUCGAUCGAGACACCGGAGGAGAUUGCUCAACGAGAGGCGUAUCUAAAGCAUUUGGAGACGAAGCUGCGCAUAAUGAGAGAAAAGGCCGCGCACACAACACCGGCUGCCCUGGCCGCUGAGAGAGAGACGCACAAACAUAUCAUCAGUCGCAGCGACCCUGUAGCAGAACUGAUAGCACGGGAUCAAGAGGAACUGUGGGCGUCCACAUCUGCCGAAUACGACUCGGACUAUGCGCACGAUUUGGGUUCUGACUUACAAGGCCCAUGGGGUAUCAGUACAAGGCACAGCAAUGGAGAACAAGUCGCAAAGCAUACAUCAAGUGUAACACCCACGCAUGCACAGGGGGCAGCAGAGGAAGCACGUGGGCAUGCGCAGAGUAUAGCUGGAGACGAAAGCACAGACACACAAGACGCCGAAAGAGAUCGUGUCAGUGAUGGCAGCGACUCGGAUGAAGCGCACGAACGCAUAGAUACGGUACACAAACACAGGGGCACUACCAACGGCAAUGUAGGGUUAUUGUGUGCGGAAGAGAUUGCUCCUCUUUUGGCAGACCCACCACCACCUGAAGAUCCGUUUUAGCACACAGAGACAUUAAAAGUAGGAAUGAGUAUCGCAUAUCACUUUGACUACCUUUGCAGGUUUAGG